AACCAAUCUCUCUUCGGAUUUGCUACAAGCCAUUGACACCAUUUACGGCGGAGAUGACUCCAGGACCUGCGGACGAAACCGAUCACUCGCAGUCUCGCAAGCGCAAUGUUCGAAAGCGUGCGCAGCAAUGGGUGACCAAAGGAGGCCUGGUCCGCGACGACUCUGAUGACGAGCUUGGCGAUGAGGAUCUUCCCUGGGACUGGAUAUACGACGAAAAUUCCGAGAACAAUGCGGCAGAGGAGUCGACAACGGGUGCUGCGGAGGACACGCCGAAGUCAAGCCGAAGACGUUCAUCCCGCCCGAACGCAAAGAACCGGCGAAAGAUUGUCGGAGCUCGCAUGGGCUCGUUCGAAUGCCGACUGGGACAGGUGGUGCUGCUCAAGUCUCCGGAGCCAGGGAAGGAUUGGAUUGGGAUCAUCACGGAGUUCUUGGAAGAAGAUGACGAUGAGGUUGAGGGAGAGGUCAUCAAAACAGUCAACAUCAUGUGGUUCGCCUCGCCGGAUGAGUUCAUGUCGACACGAAACAAGCGACGGGCGGAUGCUUUGCCCAAUGAGCAGUAUCUGACGGCCGAUUUCAACACCAACCCCUUGACAUCGGUCAAUGGUAAAGCCACGGUGAUGUCGAAGGAUGCCUUUUUCGCCAAAUACCCGAACGGCACUCCUCCGAAGGGAAAGGAGGAAUUGUCUGAGUACAACAAGUGCAUUGUCUGCCGCAGAGGCGUCAAUCAAGUUCAGGGACGCUAUACCGAUGAAUUCGUAUGGGAACAAGUCUAUCAGGAAGAUAAGAUCUUCGACUUGAUUAGCAUGAUCAAGAAUGGCCUGAAGUCAGCGAAGAAGCGCAAACAAGUUGACAAUGAUUACGUGGACACCAAAGAGGACGACGACUUUACACCCACGACUCCGAGAAAGAGGCAAAAAGUCGCUUCGACGGCUACCACGCCACAAUCACGACGACAGAAACCUCUGACAACACCAACUCACAAGAGAAUCGUUGUCAAGAAACCGCUCGAGUUUACGCCUCUCGGAACCCGUGUCCUCUCUCCUUCCCACUUUGCCUCGCCAUAUCGCCAGGCACGCAACCUACUGCAUGUGUCCACCGUUCCCACGUCGCUUCCAUGCCGAAAGAACGAGUUCGAUACCGUCUAUACGCAUUUGAGCUCUGCGAUUAUGGAGGGGACUGGAACCUGCAUCUACAUAUCAGGAACGCCGGGAACGGGGAAGACGGCGACAGUGCGGGAGGUGGUUGCGCAGCUCAAUGCCGCAGUUCUAACGGAAGAGAUGGAUGAUUUCAUCUUCGUCGAAAUCAAUGGGAUGAAAGUGACGGAUCCCCAUCAAUCUUACUCGCUCUUGUGGGAGGCCCUUAAAGGCGACCGCGUCUCGCCUUCCCACGCACUCGAUCUGCUGGAAAGAGAAUUUUCGCAUCCAUCCCCACGACGAGUUUCGUGCGUCGUUCUCAUGGACGAACUGGAUCAACUUGUAACGAAAAACCAGUCCGUGAUGUACAAUUUCUUCAACUGGCCAGCCCUGCGCCAUUCCCGUCUCAUCGUGCUCGCCGUCGCAAACACCAUGGAUUUGCCCGAGCGAACCCUAAGCAACAAGAUCUCCAGCCGUCUAGGUCUGACUCGCAUCACAUUCCCUGGCUACAAGCAUACCGACCUCAUGGAGAUCAUCAGCACCCGUCUGGCGAACGUUCCCGGGAACAUCGUCGAUCCUGAUGCCGUCCAAUUCGCCAGUCGCAAGGUCGCCGCCGUGAGUGGUGAUGCUCGCCGCGCACUGGACAUCUGCCGUCGAGCCGUGGAGAUUGCAGAACAAAGCAGUGAUGCCGCAGCCCGAGUCUCAAACGCAGACCAGCCCAACGGCGACGACACCGAAUCCCUCCCCCCAACCCCUAGCAAGACCCCGGCCCGCAGACAAAAGUCCACCAGCAAGCAAGCCACCCUCCCCCCGAUCAGCGAAUCGCCUCAGAAAGACCCUCCUCCCCAGAAACCAGCCACCGGCCGUGUCACUAUCGCCACAAUCAAACAAGCGAUCCAAGAAGCCACCUCUACACCCCUACAACAAUCCCUGCGCUGCCUCCCCCUCUCGGCAAAGCUCUUCCUCGCUGCUCUCCUCGCCCGCAUCAAGCGAACCGGCAUCUCCGAAUCCACCUUCGGCGACGUCAUCGAUGAAGCGAAACGGAUCGCCGAUGCCGCCGUCGCCGUGGCAGGCGCCGCCGGCGCCGGAGUCAAAGAGUUCCUCCUCAGCGGCGGAGCCAACAGCGCGCGCGUGCGAUCCCUCGGCCAAGCAGCCAUGGAGCUCAUGAACUCGGGCGUCCUGGCCGUCGAAUACGGGACCGGUGCCAGAGGCCCUGCCGGCAGCUCCUUGUUAUCGAACCGGGGAGACCGCACCGGGAAAGUCAGGCUCCGAGCGGCCGUCGAGGACGUCAAGCUUGCUUUCCGAGAAGAUGUAGAAGCCAAGUCGCUGGGGUUGGGGAUGGAUUCAUAAGGUGUUCAAGCACACUCUGUACAACAUUGAUAUAGUUGGAAGCAUAUAUGGCGUACAUCAGCUCGGUGAGAUUUCAAAAGGUCAGGGUAGCUAGUACACAAUCG